GUCAGCAUGACUGUCACAGAAGUCAUGGUCCCCGCUCAAGUGUGUAGUAAAGUGUCUUAGUUGUACCGCAAAGAGACUAGGCCAAGUAUCUUCUAUACUGCAAAAAAUAUUUGUAUUCCUGUGUUACCUUUUGGCUAAAGUAGGAAGUGAAACAUUAAACAGUUUAAAUUUUGCAGUGAUUUCAGUACGGUUGACGGUUAAUGUUGCACAGAAAUCAAUGGAAACCCCCAGAGACCGCAGAGGUUACCAAAAACUUGAGUUAUUUUAACCGCGCUAAGCAAAAAGGAAUCAAGCCACAUUAGUUAUUGAAAAAUUUGAUUAGGCACUUUAAUUUUUCACAUAAAAACGGUUGUGCGGAUAUUUUUGUGCCAAUUUCAUCGAAUGUUCUGCAUAGUAGGAAGCGAAUUCCGUAAAAGUUUCAAAAUAUUUUCCACAAACGUUCUCUUUUAAAAAAUUAUAUUUCCCAGUUUUUGGCAACGACGUAUGGUUGGCUUCUUCCUGCUAAACACGGUCCAUUUUGUAUUUCACUUCCCAUAUCAACUGAACUUUUGUGCUAUUUGUCGCAGUGUAUGAGCUCCUUUUUGUGUUUAAAAAUAUUUCAAUUUAUGUUAUUCCAUGAAAAGUGUAUGUGUUGGAUGUGAACAAUCAUUCACGAUGCUACAAUCAUCUCAUCUGCAAUUCUUCGCAGCUGCACUUGCAUGAGCAGCCAAUCGCAAAAUUUCUCCGAUAAAUCCUCACCGCCUGCCAUCACUAGUAUAGCUAUAAAGUAAAGCAAUGCCAAACACUGAUCCCAAAACAGGUUCGAAGACUGGGGGUGUGGUCGGUAACAAUGGCGAAGAUUGGCGUAAGAGUGCUCUUUUAGAUAGGCUAGAAGUUGCUCUGAGAGAUAAUCUGUUUACGGAUGUAUGUUUCAUCGUCGGGACGGAAAAAAAAAGAAUUCCAGCAAUCAGGAGUAUCCUGUCACUCGGGAGUUCAGUUUUUGCAACCAUGCUAAGCGAACGGUGGUCGUCUGAUGGAAGUGAUAUUCCAGUGCCUGAUGUAGAGCCGGAUGCCUUCUACGAACUCCUCAGAUUCAUAUAUUGUGAGAAAGUUAAUCGCAGGAAAGAUGUAAUAUGGUCACUUUUAUACGCUGCAGACAAAUAUGAUGUAGAGGCACUCAAAAAAAUGUGUGUUCAUUUUCUGAAGAUUUCCUUAACGCCCUCAAAUCUCUGUUAUUACCUAUUUAAAGCAAGAGAAUUAGGAGCGACAGAUCUCGUGAACUUCUGCUUUGAGAAAUUAUCCACGGUGGCAACCACUGCAAUAUUUAACUGCCCGCAUAACGACGAAUUCAAUUUCUGUUUUCACGACCUUGACAUACAAACUAUCUGCUGCAUCCUGGAAAGGGAUAAAUUGGAAAUCGAAGAAGUUGAUUUAUUUAAAUCAAUUCUCGGAUGGGCAAAACUUGAAUGCCGAGGACAAAACUUGGAUACGAACAUAAAAAAUAUGAGGCGAGUUCUGGAGCCGGCUCUGCCGUUGAUCCGGUUCAAAUUGAUGUCUCCUAAAGAGUUUACAGAGAUUGUUAGUAACUCAGGCAUCCUUUCCAUUGAGGAGGAACUAUCAAUUCUUACAUACUUGAUUUCCAAGCCGAGACCUGAAAACCUGAGACCACUCCCUCGUUUCCAGAAAUCAAUCAAAAUUUUGAUCCACGAUGACAGGUCGAAAGAAACUUUCUACGUACACAUAAACUGCUCAGACACAGUUGAAGAGUUGCGAAAGAAUAUAAAAGACCGUGCGGGACAAUCGUACCCUGCGUAUCCCGUUCUUCCCGCUGAUGAUAUCCCUGGCCCGCAAUACGCUUCCCCAUACGCUUAUACAGGUACACCGUAUCAACCCUCCGCGGCGACAAGAACCGGAGUCACCACGAAUUCCGAUCUUUUACUUACGAGUACAUGCAUAUUUUGGUUAAAGCAUGAAAAUGUUUGUCUGGAACAUUCUCGUCCAUUAUCAGAUUAUGGGAUUGAAAACGAGUCAAUAAUUUUACUUCAACCAGCACAAUCUCAUCAUCUAAUGCCAUCAGCUCCCCCAGGGACAUUACAAAAUGAAAAGAAGAAGAGGGAGAAGCCUUGCAAUAAAAUUUAAAAAAAGAUAAGAAAAUGGAAAAUUAUGGGCGACUAUGUAUAAAGCAAAGACCCAAUAUUAGGGCCGACUAAAAUAAUUUUUAAAUAAAGUUCACGUGCUUGUUGUGACUGAAUGGCACUUACCAGCAGUCCUUCUUGUGCUUGCAUCGUCAUUCUUUUCCGGUCGAAAUGAAAUGUUUAUCAGAAAAACUUUAUUUAAUAUCAGCACUCAUUUUUUGAGUGUUUUUUUGGCAUUAUUAACAUUUGUGGCGGAUCAGAAGUUCUAUUUAUCUCAUUGCCAUGGUUUUUCAAUCAGUUAAUUUUCGCCUCUGUUUUCAAGAUCUUUUUUGUAUACAGAUCCACGGUUGUACCUCCAGAUUGCAGGAGCCUGUUCUAUGGGUCAACGAGUAUGAAAUUUACUUUUUAAACUCCUAUAAAAUUUUUUCCGAAAGUGUUUUGUAAGGAGGACACAGCCCUUCCCUCCAAAGUUCUGGGAAAUCAAUCGUUGUUCCUGCAUUUUUCCUGCAGUGAAUCUCAAGAACAUUAAUGUGCGCUCAUAAUUUGAUACGCUGAACUCAUUAGAAACUCUUUGGACUUAAAUAACUUUUUUUUUUUUUUUUUUUUUUGUGUAUGAAGGUGGUCCCCCCCCCCCCCUCAAACCCUACUUUUAUCUGAGAUUCCGGGUUUUAUAAUGUCACAAACGAAAUGAGCGUAUCAAAUUAUGGAUGGUACCAAUUGUACAUGCCACUUUGAUUAGAUUGUGUGCAUAACCGUUCCCAAAGUGCAGGGAAGAAGGUUUAUAUUCCCAGAACUUCAGCAGAAUUGUAGCCCCUUAAACAGCACUUUAGGAAAACACUUUAUGGAAGAAAAAAGUUCUUUGACUCCCAGUGCACGCUUCUGCAGUUCGGCGGUUUAGCCUUGAGUCAGUGGUGAUCCUUGAAAGUUGACAACACUGUUUUUCGCAUACAUUUGAAUGCAUGUAAAACAAUCGAUUCUUAGUGAGACAACUUGCUUCACCUAAAAUCGAUAUUUUUAAUGGAUUUUAAUUGAGGAAAAGCAGCGUUGUCUACCUUCAAAAUCGCCACUGCCUUGGAUCACCUUGCAUAUGAGGAAUGCAUCUUCUAACUGUAUUCAGCACCUGCUCCAAAUCAGAAAUCAAAGUUACCAGAUUGUGCAAUGAAAUGUAUCAUAUUUAUACAUCGCUGUCAAAUAUAAAUUUAAAAAUGUA